UCAGAUUCAUCGCAACUCAACAUCACACACCAAACCGAAAUCUCAAUCGCACUCACAAUGGGUAACGUCAAAACCAAAAAGAUCUCGUCGCUCGACCGAGCCAAGCGAAAUGCCGCCAAAACCGCAAUCAAAGCCGCCAAACUCGCUGCCCGUGAAGCCGCCCUCCCACCUGGAACCACGCCAAAGCUUCGCCAUGGGGACCUCAAGAAAUUGGGUAAGGGAAAGGGAAAGGGCGCACCCGCAGCGAUACCACAGAUUGAUUUUGAUAACUUGGUUAUUACGACGGCGCCAGAGAGAGCUAAGGAGGCACUCAGUCAUGUUAAGUGGACGGCGUUGUUUAAGAAGCAUCUGGGUGUGUUGGAAAGUCAUGUUAAGGCCCUCGAUCGAGUAGCGCAACAUCUGCGGAGUUAUAUGAGUGGUUUACCUGUUGAGGAGAGGAUUAAGUGGGAGAAAGGCGAGGAGGGGAAUUGGGGGAAGAUUUGUGGAUUAUUGGAUCGCGCGAGGGAUACGCUAUGUAAUGCGCGAGAGGCUUCGCAUGGUUUGGUGAGUUCAUUUUGCGCCUGCGCGGGGUAUAACUGGUUGCGCAUUUACUGAUUUAUUCCACCAGGUUCCGGAACAUCAUUUAAGAGAUAAGAAAGGUCUGGGUGUUACGGGUAUCAACUACGUUCCGCUAUAUCCCCAAGUCGAAGCUCUUCGUGCUGGCCUUACAACGGAUGCUGCUGGUAACGGUGCGAAUGCGAUAGGAGCCACAACCAAUGAGGCAUUUGACAGUGAUGGAGAUAGCGAGAUGGAAGAUGCGCCAGGACUUGAGAGUUUGGACUCGGACUCGAGUUCUUCAUCCAGUGGCGAGAGCGAUGAUGAAGAUAGCCCCGCACCAGAAAAGAAAGUCAAGGAGAAGUCCAACCCAGCCCCCGAGGUCGAGCCAAACCCAUACUUCGUCGUCGACACCGAACCUACACCCGUGAACCUACCAAAGACGGAAGCACCUUCUGUAAAGAAAGGCAAAAAACGCACAUCUGACGAAGACAUCCCGGAGAAGGCUAAAAAAAUCAAGAAAUCCAAAUCAACCGAGUCCCUUUCCAAAGAAACCAAACACAAAGAUAAAUCCGACGAGGACAUCGAAGAGCCCCAGCCCAAGAAAUCCAAGAAAGCAAAAAUCUCAAAAUCCGAAACGGUUGUCGCGGUAAAGGAACCAGAAGUUGAUUUCCACGCCCUCCAAGUACAGUUACAGGCUGAAGUCGAUGUUGGCGAGGCGACGAGGGAUGUUGAGGCACUAGGCGAGGGGGAGAAGGAAUCACGGAAGGAGAAGAAACGACGACGGAGUUCGGAUGGGACGAGUGAGAAAGAGGGGAAGAAACAUAAGAAGGAUAAAUCGGAGGGGAAGAAGAGGAAAGCUUAGGUUUUUAGUACGGAUGAGAAACUCUUUAAUGUUAUGAUGCGAUAGAUAGGUGUGAUGAUACCAUGGAUUUUUUUCUUUCUUGCUGGGCUGGCUGGUUGGGUUUGCUUCGUUUGGUUUUGCGAUUUUACUGUACAUUGCAGGUGUUCAAGAUAUGUAUGUACAAGACAAGGGAAUGAGAAUUGGUCAUCUACUAGUAAUCCC